GGUUUGAUGCGAAGGCACCAGUUGCCCGCAGACCAAAUUAAAAGUGUUAGUGCAGGCUAAAUCCUACAGAAGAGUUUAGAUUCAGAUUGGACUGAGGAGGAAAAAUGUGUUACAUCAGUGAGUGGCCAAAGCGUUUCUUGAAAACCAUCCUGCGGCAGCUCAGCCGCCAUCGGGUGGAGUUGCUGAUUGAAAAUGAAGCAGAAAAAGACUACCUUUACGAUGUCCUUCGCUUGUAUCACCAGUCCAUGGAAUUGCCAGUGCUUGUUGGGGACCUGAAGCUGGUAAUCAAUGAACCAAAGCGUUUGCCUCUGUUUGAUGCCAUCAGGCCUCUCAUCCCACUCAAACACCAAGUGGAGUAUGACCUGCUAACCCCCAAGAGGUCCAGGAAGCUAAAAGAGGUGCGUUUAGAUCGGACACAUCGUGAUGGGCUGGGUCUGAGUGUUCGAGGAGGGCUGGAGUUUAGAUGCGGUCUUUACAUAUCACAGAUUGUCAAAGAUGGCCAGGCUGGGAAUGUUGGCCUUCAGGUUGGUGAUGAGAUUGUGCGUAUCAAUGGAUACUCCAUCUCCUCUUGUAUCCACGAGGAGGUCAUAAGUCUUAUCAAGACGAAGAAAAUCGUAUCACUCAAAGUCAGACAUGUGGGGAUGAUUCCUGUUAAAAGCUCAUCUGACGAACCCCUCAAGUGGCAGUUCGUGGACCAGUUUGUGUCUGAUUCUGGGGACAAUAAAAGCAGUGUUGCUGGUUUCAUGUCGAUUGGAGGGAAGGAGAUCAAGGAAAAGAAGGUCUUUCUCAGCCUGGUGGGCACCAAGGGCAUGGGUAUCAGUAUCUCCAGUGGUCCUACACAGAAACCUGGCAUCUACAUCAGUAACGUCAAAGCAGGCUCACUUUCCGCGGAGGUUGGACUUCAAGUUGGAGACCAGAUUAUGGAGGUGAAUGGAGUAGACUUCACCAAUGUGGACCACAAAGAGGCUGUGAGAGUCCUGAAAAGCAGCAGGAGUCUGACUAUUACUGUUCUGACAGGAGCUGGCAGUGAGCUGUUUAUGACAGAUGAGGAGCGGCUGGCAGCGGAGGCUCGCAGGGAGCUGGAUAGGCAGGAGCUGAUGCAUCAGAAGAGGGUGGCUCUGGAGACCAACAAGAUCCUUAAAGAGCAACAGGAGAAAGAGAGGCAGAGAAUGAUGGAAAUCUCACAGAAGACGGCAGAGGAAGAGCAGCGCUACAAGAAUGAGAUGGAGAAGAUUGAGGCAGUAGAGAGGAAACACCACAGAGAUUGGGAGGAGGAUUAUGGAACUGAAGAGCAUCCACAGAGUCGUCAGAUUCAGAGGAGCCCGUCGCCUGCCCCACCUGAGAUCAAAACCUCCCAGUCUCCGAAGGCCAAAAGUUCUCCAUUUGGCUGGUUUUAUCGGUAUGAAGGGAAGCUCCCGUCAUUCCGCAAGAAAGGAGAGAAGAAGAAGAAAAAGAAAAAAGUGUCCAACACAGACACGCUGCAGGAGCAGAGAAAAAACAAAAAGGAGAUGGAGUUUGAGCUAAAACUGGCCAAGGAGAAAGAAGAGAUGUACGAACGAGAAAAGCAGUUGAAAAUCAAUAGGCUGGUCCAGGAGGUUUCAGAGACAGAAAGAGAAGACCUAGAAGAGUCUGAGAAAGUUCAACACUGGGUUGAGAGUCUUUGUCAGACUCGGUUGGAACAAAUCUCUUGUGUGGAGAACGAGUCACCAGAGCUGUCACCUCCACUCUCCCCUACUUCGGAGAUCAUGGUGAAGCGUUUCCCAGGAGGUCUGCACCUGGCUACCACUGACCUCGAUGACUUUAACCUGGAUGAGGUUGAUCAAAGCUUGAAGGGGCCGCUUAAGAGACUAGCCCCCACCCAACCAAUUAUGAGCCAGCCUCCCCCUCCCUUGCCUCUCCCACCGCCCUCGCCUAAACUAAACCCCACCAUUCCCAACUAUUCUUCCAAAGCAUCUCCCCAGCGUCAUCCACAGCCCCCACCCAACUCUGACAAACCUGCCUCUUCUAAAUUGACCAACAAAGGGAAUAGGCUCCACCCUUCCCAAGCCCCUCAUCCACCUCUGUCUACCCAUCCCCCAUCAUUUCCUCAACCUACACCAAGACCUCCUCCGCCGCCCCCUCCUCCACCACCGCCUCCCCCACCUCCACUUCCCCCACUCCCGCAACAAUCGGAAGAAAAAGUCGCCGCCCUCAGUGGAUACCGCCGCCAUCAUCACCUCCCUCACCCCGCCAGUCCACCUGGAGGCAGGAGUGAAUGGGAGGCAGGUGGCUACCUGCCCAGAGGAGGCAUCUACUCGUCCAACACAAGUGAAAUGUCAUACCCUUCUAGUCCUGAGGUCAUGAGAAAUACAUCCCAUGCCAGUCGCAUAUCCACUCCUUCCUUGCAACUAGCACCAAGUCCUCCCAACCAGCGACGUCCUACAGUCCCUGUCAUGUCAAAGCCUGUAAUGCUGCCUCAGUCACAGAGCCUGCGACCAGAUUCACACAGACCUGCUGUCCGUUCUGACGGCCUGCCUCCGGAAAUGUUGAAGCGGAUGGUCCCUUUCAACUCGUCUUUUAAAUCAAACACCAAACCACAAGGCUUUCAGAAAUACUUGGAGGACUUCGAUCCCCACUCAAUGUUUUCAUCAGACCAGAUAGCAGGACGGGAUGUGAGAUUACUCAGGAUCAGAAAGGUGGGACAGCUGGACUUGGCUCUGGAGGGGGGUGCUGACUCACCUUUGGGGAAAUUAGUGGUGUCGUCUGUCUAUGAGGGAGGGGCUGCAGACAAGCACGGUGGUAUUGUAAAUGGAGAUGAACUCAUGGCUGUUAAUGGGAAGAUCUUGAUCGAUGCAACACUGACUGAAGGCCAAAACUCUCUGGCCCGAGCCUGGAAUAGUGGAGGGGACUGGAUUGAUGUUGUGAUUGCAGUGUCGCCCCCAAAAGAAUAUGAGGAUGAAGUCCCUAAAUCAGCAUCAGUCAGUCCCACUGUGAACAGAAAGGUGCUUGAAGGCAGUGCCACGCUGUACAGGCACGGCUACCUGCUUCAAGCCUAACUCUGCACUCGAACAUUCUUCUAAUUCCACCAACCAGUCUGAUUAAGAAGAAGGAGCUUUAAAAUGUUGAAGAUUCCCUCAGGACACCACAUCACACUUUACUGAUCUUUUUCAGCUAUAUCGGUCUCUCUUUGGUUCUUACUUUGCAUGGCAAAUUUAAGAAAAAAGAUCUUGUCAAUAUACUGCAUUCUUUGUCUUUAUCUGUGAAGGAUGUUUUGAUCAAUAUUUCAUUUUACUCCAGUAAUCCCUUUCGCCGCUGUGAGCCAUGGUCAUGAAGCCUUCUGCGUUAUAUGGAAACAGGAUCUUGGGCAGGGGUCACCAAUGCGGUGCCCGUAAGGACCAGAUGAGUCACCCGCUGGCCUGUUCUAAAAAUAGCUCAAAUAGCAGCACUUACCAGUGAGCUGCCUCUAUUUUUUAAAUUGUAUUUAUUUACUAGCAAGCUGGUUUCGCUUUGCCUGACAUUUUUAAUUCUAAGAAAGACAAAACUCAAAUAGAAUUUGAAAAUCCAAGAAAAUAUUUUAAAGACUUGGUCUUCACUUGUUUAAAUUAAUUCAUUAGUAUUUUUACUUUGCUUCUUAUAACUUUCAGAAAGACAAUUUUAGAAAAAACAUACAACCUUAAAAAUGAUUUUUUACCUAUUAAAUUCCAUCCUCUUCUUUCCUGACAAUUUAAAAUUUAAAUCCCACCAGGCUGCACCAAACUUUUGGUGCCUUGUUGACACAGAAAAGUACAGUGGUGUAUGCGCAGCAGCUAUGAAGGUUGCAAGCCUGUUUGGUUCAACUUAUCUUUGUGAAUCAGCCUUUUCUGACAUGAACUUCAUCAAGAACAAACACAGAACACGCCUCACUGACGCACAUCUGCAAGACUCACUCAGAGUUGCAGUGUCAAGUUACACACCAGAGUACAACACACAAGUUAACAGCAUGCAAUGCCAGGCUUCCCACUAAUUGACAAAGAAACAUAACGGAGUUGGUGGCCAGUUGAAAGUGUGACAUGAUUUAUUUAAAAAUUUGAGAGUUGACUUUUGUAUUUUACAUGAGUUAUUAUUUGUACAAACAUGGUCCAAAGUAAUUCAUGAUUUGUUAAAAAAUGUUAGUGGCUAGCUAGUUGAAAUGGGAUAUUGUGAUUUCACAAGACUGUCUAAGAAGUGAUCAUUUGAAAAUGUUCAAUUUGAAAAAUGUGCACUUAGAGAAAAUAUAAAAAUAAAGUGUUGCAUAUUGAUAUUUAUCUGUUUCUAUAUACAUUUAUUGUGAGAAAUCAUUAAGAUAAUCAGUGUUUCCACAAAUAUAAAUAUCAUUAAUUAUUAAUAAUAACAUAGAGUUAAAGGUAAAUUGAGCAAAUUGGCUAUUUCGGGCUAUUUAUUUAAGUGUGUAUCAAACUGGUGGCCCUUCGCAUUAUUCAGUACCCAAGACGUAACUCUUGGUUUCAAAAAGGUUGGUGACCCCGGAUCUAGGGUAUGUGUUUCAUUGGUCUGUGGGGAAAAAAGACGUGACCAAUUUUAAGUCAAUUCCACUCUAUCAAUUGUAAUAAAGGAAUUAUCACUGGA